AUGUCUUUCAGAGGGUCAACAGACAAAGAUGGCCUCGACGGCGUCUACCACAAGCCGGCCGACCACGUCGAGAGCCUCACCACCGUCGUCGAAAUCGACAAUAUUCGGGUCUUAGGCAUCACUCCUGAAGAUGCGGAGUUCUACAUUAACUACCCGGAGGAGAGGCGGAGGCGUGUUGUACACAAGGUCGAUAUCAGGCUCAUUCCCAUGCUGGCCGCCCUAUACCUCAUGGCUCACAUCGACCGAGCCAACAUCGGCAACGCAAAAAUCGAGGGUCUCAUCACCGACUUGGGCAUGACUUCUGUGCAGUACAACAUAGUGCUAUCCAUCUUCUUCAUCCCCUACGUCCUGCUCGAAGUUCCCAGCAACAUCCUGCUUAAGAAAUUCAAGCGGCCCUCCCUCUACCUGGCCCUGCUCGUCAUUCCCUGGGGUAUCGUCAUGACGUGUACCGGCCUGGUGCAGAACUUUGCCGGUUUAAUGGUGACUCGAAUUUUGCUCGGUAUUUUUGAAGCCGGAUUCUUCCCCGGAGCCAUCUACCUCUGCUCCUACUGGUACAUGCCGAAAGACCUCGCAACCCGAAUCUCGUACUUCUACUGCGCCAGCGCCCUCUCAGGCGCAUUCUCAGGUCUGCUAGCCGCCGCCAUCGCGCAAAUGGACGGUGUCGGCGGGCUCGAGGGCUGGCGAUGGAUCUUCUUGCUCGAGGGACUUGUGACGGUCGUCAUCGGCAUCUCGUGCAUUUUCUUGCUUAUCGACUCCCCGACUCUAUCUGGCCGCUGGCUCAAACCGGAUGAGAUCCGGUACUUGGAGCUCCAGAUGUUCAUCAAGCAGGGCGGCAAAUUCUCGGAUGAGAAGGAGAGCUUCAAGUGGAAGGAUCUCAAGGCUGUUCUUUUGAAUUGGAGGGUGUACUUACAGGCUUACUUCCUUAUGUGCCAGUCGGCUACUUCUUAUGGCACCAAAUUCACCCUCCCCACCAUUACGAAAAGCAUGGGUUUCUCCAGCACCAACGCUCAGCUCAUGUCCGCUCCACCCUACGUUGCAGGCGCACUAUCCGCCAUCCUACUCGCCCGCCUCUCUGACCGCUACUACUGGCGUAUGCCCUUCGUCGCCGGCCCCCUAGUGCUCGUCGUCAUUAGCUACUCCAUCAUCAUCUCCCUCAACGGCGACCUCGCCGACAACAAGGGACCCGCAUACUUCGCUCUCAUUCUCACCUGCAUGGGAAUCUACCCCAUUCAACCUGCGGCCGCUUCCUGGAAUGCGAAUAAUCUUGCUCCGGCCGUGAGGAGGAAUAUCGGUGUCGCGCUUAAUAACUGUGUCGGCAAUACGGGUGGUAUCAUUGGGAGUUUCAUGUACAUCGAGUCGGAGGCGCCAAGCUACCCUACCGGGUUUGGACUGAGUUUGGCGUUUGGUGCGAGUGGGAUGUUGGUCGCGUUCUUCUUGGAGAUGAGCUACAAGUGGUCGAAUAAGAGGAAGGCUAGGUUGUCCGAGGAUGAGGUUAGGGCGAGGCAUACUGAGGAUGAACUUUUGGAUAUGGGUGAUAAGUCGCCGUUAUUCAAGUAUGUGUUGUAAGCAUAUUUUAGCUGGCGGCAAGGAUUUCCUGCUAUAUGUACGACUCUGAAUUUUGAUGAGUUCACGCUUCGAGAAGAUUCUAGUUCUGAAUUUGGGACUUAUCAUAUCUGAAAUGGUUGAAGACUGUGAAGACUGAAGACUGAUCAGUCUCCGCGCGAGAAGCGGCGAAGAGAGUGCUCAUCUUCCGGGACGCAG